CCACUAGAGGUGGAAGCUGAGAUUUCAGUUCGCAGUAGCCAGCCAGAGCCACUAGGAGGUGCCAGUGAGCAAAACCAAAAUGGAACCAGACUCAAAAAGACUGCUUCGGUUCCCAAAUAUCUCAAAAUGCACUACGUGAAAGAAGAGUCUGGUGAUGGUAAAGCAUCCCCAGAUUCCAUUUCCCUCCAGCAAGCCCUUCACGAGUCAGUGUUCUCCCCCGGCGUGUCUACCGCUCCCCCCCACCGGGUGGCGCUAUGCUGGGACAAACACUGUCAACUGCUGCCUGAGGUUCUGGGCCUCACCGCCAAGAGAGUGGCGGGAUGGAGCACGGAGGAGGUGUCCAGUUUUGUGAAAGGACUCCCUGGGUGUAAAGAACAUGCUGCAACAUUUAAAACAGAGCAAAUAGCACUUUGA